AUGGAUCAGGAAUUCUACGGCCAAGUCGACUGGGAGAAAUGGACGGCAAGUUUCUUCCGUGCUUCUCGAGAAGAUGGUUUCGAGGCUGCAUUCGUCAAAGCGGUCUUCCAAAGCAAUGGCGGCCAGAAUUUCACUGGGUUCGGCUUAGACCACUGCAUGUUCGACCGGAAGGGCCUUCAGAGCGGCUCUGACUACGUCCGCCUUUUCGGGCAGACUGAGGAUGGUAACGAUGGCGAAGACGGCUUGAAAGGCUGCGACAAAGUCAGAAAUCAUCAAUGUGACGACGCAAAGGCCGGACAUUCCAACUGCAAAGCGCCACACGACCUGCCCGGUGAGCUGGAAGAAGCCAUAAUUCAUCCAGCACGCGAUCACAAUGCCAAAUGCUGCGAUUGGCAAUUGGGUCGCGACCAACUGCCCUCGAUGUUUGGCUAUGGAUGUCUCAGAGACCCCAUCACCUGGACGAUGGGCGAGGAUCCCACAGGUGUCGGUCCCAAGACCAAUACCCAGGACCCCGCGAAGCUCCAGAGGGGAUCAAUUCCUUAG